AUGCAGCCAAUGUUUCGGUCUUUCCUACCGCCGCCAUAUUGCAAGAUGUUUUCGGUGAGCGCGAAAAUAUUGAAGCCAGGAGGCGAAAAGCCUGAUGAAUUUGAGUCAUCCAUUUCCCAGGCUCUCCUUGAUCUGGAGAUGAACAGUGAUCUCAAGGCACAACUUAGAGAACUCAACAUCACUGGAGCUAAGGAGAUUGAUGUCCAGGGCAAGAAGGCAAUCAUUAUAUUUGUCCCAGUGCCCCAGCUUCGUCUCUACCAGAAGAUCCAGACCAGACUCGUAAGAGAACUCGAAAAGAAGUUUAGCGGCAAACAUGUAGUUUUUAUUGCACAGAGGCGUAUCCUGCCCAAGCCCACUAGAAAAACCAAGUCUAAGAGCAAACAAAAGAGACCAAGAAGCCGCACCCUGACUGCAGUGCACGACGCUAUCUUGGAGGACUUGUGUUACCCAGCUGAACUUGUGGGUAAGAGAAUCCGUAUCAAGCUUGACGGCAGCAGAACCAUCAAGGCUCAUCUAGACAAAACACAACAGACCAAUAUUGAACAUAAGGUCGACACAUUUACAGCAGUAUACAAGAAGCUGACUGGAAAAGAUGUUGUGUUCGAAUUUCCUGAGAAUUUAUUGUAAACAAAGACAGUCAAUAAAUAAAUAUGUGAAAAGA